GUCAGCUGCCAAAGAGGUCACGGCUAUGUGAUCAAGAUGGCGGCCUCCUUGUGUCAGUGUUAUCAGCUAUGUGUCAGAAGAAGCUGUCUGCUUUUGUCCAGUCGGUCGUACACGACCCUACACAAGAGAGCCCAUGUGUACAGAAUAUGUGGGUCUGUCACAAGUUCAUCACAGGUGCGGUAUGCAUCUGGUGGUGGUCGCAAAGGAUUCUUGGGGGAGUUUUUGGAUAAUCUGAAGCAGGAGCUCAGUAAAAACAAAGAGAUGAAAGAAAGCAUUAAGAAAUUUCGUGAAGAAGCCCAAAAGUUGGAGGAAUCCGACGCUCUUAAGCAAGCCAGACGAAAAUUUAAAACCAUUGAGUCUGAAACGGUAAAAACAUCUGAAGUUCUAAAGAAGACACUUGGAUCCCUGUCAGAAUCUGUCAAGGAGGGAUUGGAAGAGGUGACUCGUACAGAUCUGGGCAAGAAAAUCAAAGAAGGGGUGGAGGAGGCAGCCAAGACCGCCAAAACCUCCGCAGAGACCGUGACCAAAAGUGGAGAAAAACUGGGCAAGACUGGUGCUUUUAAAGCUAUAUCACAGGGCAUGGAAACUGUCAAGAAAGAAAUAGGUGACCUUGGACAGAGUGGACCCUACAGACCUCCAGCCAGAUUACGGAAGCGAAGUGAUUUCUCAUCCAAGACUGCUGGCAACGAAUCCAAAGUCUUUGAGGCUAAUGAGGAGGCUAUGGGAGUCGUCCUGCACAAGGACUCCAAAUGGUACCAGCAGUGGAAAGAGUUCAAGGACAACAAUGUUGUGUUCAACAGAUUCUUCGAGAUGAAGAUGAAGUAUGAUGAAAGCGAUAAUGCCCUCAUUAGGGCCUCGCGUGCCGUCACUGAUAAAAUGACCGACCUGAUAGGUGGGCUCUUUUCCAAGACUGAGAUGUCUGAAGUGCUGACAGAAAUUAUAAAGGUGGACCCCUCCUUCGAGAAGGACUCCUUCCUCAAACAGUGUGAGAAGGACAUCAUCCCCAACAUUUUAGAGUCUAUGAUCCAAGGAGAGUUGGAAGUGCUCAAAGAUUGGUGCUACGAAGCUACAUACAGUCAGCUCGCACAUCCCAUACAACAGGCCAAGGCUAUGGGGCUGCAGUUUCACUCCAAGAUUCUUGACAUUGACAAUAUAGAUCUUGCCAUGGGGAAGAUGAUGGACCAAGGCCCAGUGUUGAUCAUCACGUUUCAGGCUCAGCUGGUGAUGGUGAUUCGUAACCCUAAGGGAGAAGUGGUGGAGGGAGACCCGGAUAAGGUACUGCGGAUGAUGUAUGUGUGGGCGCUGUGCCGGGACCAGGAGGAGCUCAACCCCAACGCCGCCUGGAGACUGCUGGACAUAUCCGCCUCCAGCACCGAGCAGAUCCUCUGAGAGGAGCGCCCAUCUAACAGGACACCUGGAG